GGGAAUACUAGGCGCUUGAAACCAUCGCAUUUGUCUUGGGGGCUCUGACUGCCGGUGGAGGCACGAUGGGCUUCGUUAAGACAGGCUCUGUGCCCUCAAUUGCAGCUGGUCUGACAGUUGGUUUAUUAUGUAAGUCAACAACUGCUUUUGUUUUGACAAAAGUACUUGAGUACCUAGGUAAAGUUGGCGGUAUGAUAUCUAGUAGACUAACACAAUAUUACCAUAAGACGGCCUUGGAGGAUAUCGUCUACAGUCUCACGAACCUUAUGGACUCGAACUCACUCUCCUUGCCUCCGUCGUGCUUGGCGGCUCCUCCAUCCCUCGGGCUCUGCGGAGUGGAAAGCCGGUUCCGACUGUGCUGAGUUUUGUUUCUCUCUUCGGUCUAUUCACUUUCGGCAAUGCCUAUAGACAGACUCUGUAGGAGAUUGAACGACCGGAAAGGGCGGACGUGAAUAUAUUCCAAAAUAUAUGUUAUCCUUUAUGGCGCAAUGAACUCCUAUUCUACAGUGUAACCGGCUA